AUGUCUUCCUUCCAUCAGAUCGACUCCACAACACAAUAUGCCUUACGAUGUCCAUUCUGCCGCUGUAAAAUAAUCUCUUCAACACCUCAAAGGUCACGGUACGCUUCUAUAUCGCCAAUGCCCAGGGAAUUCGCAUUUGUCGACCUUUCUCCUUCAUUGCAGAUCAACUCUCAUGUACCUGACCACAACGAUGUGUUCUUCCAUGUGGGCUCAAUGUGGGACUUUGAUAACAUCGGAGUGAGUAGACCCUCGUCCGAGAUAGCUGUGGAGAUGGAAAAUCUGGAGAAUCAGGACAAAAUGGUGUUGCAAGUAGCAAGAUUUCUAACGUGUGCGGACUGCGAUAAAGGACCGCUGGGUUUUGCGGCACAGGACAAAUGCACACCGCCAGACAAACCAGAAAAUGGAGAAAACCUGAUCUACUUCCUUCGCGGGGGAUCCUGUCUCUACGAUAGUUAA